CUUGAAAUGUCAUUUGUAACGUCCCUUGCAACUAAAUUGAAUGAGUUUCUACGUAACGUUUCGACAUAUCUCUGUCGUUGUCGCAUUGCUUCCAGUAAUUUCACUGAUAAUAUGUGUUCUUAGAUGUAUGACUACGAAUCCAUGUAGCUGGCUUGAUUGCACAGUAAAGUGAUUUAUCACAACGGGAACUUAGGCUUUGUAGGAUACCAAUUACUUACCGUCUCUAAGUGCUGCUACUGCUGGUAAUGGACCUCACAGAGUAAUAUGGAUACUAUCAAUUCUAAUUAGUUCGAUUGGGCGGCUGAUACUUCUAUCAAACAGUUACAUAAAUUCCCGUAAAUUCUCCGAUCCAUUCUCAGGCGGAGACUAUAUGUGCAUUUCCAACUUGCUAUAUCUUUCAAGUUUUAUUGAAAUAUUUUCGCUCAAUAUGCUUAGCAUUGUUUCUUCAUCUGAUAACUACAGUGAGCGUCAACUUUACAACAAUUCCUUUCAGUUCAGCACCGCAAUUACUUCUGUGUCUUUGCUUUGUUCUCGGUGGUCUACAUGAUAACAGAUGUUUACGUAUUACAACUUAAGCUUAAAACAACUGAAAAUGCUUUUCUGAGUAACAUAUUACGAAAGAAGAUAUAUCUUAUGGCGUUCUACUUAAUUUGUUUGUUGAUUGAUGGACUGUGUUAUUGGAUUCACAUGACAUUUUGUCCUCCAUAUGUUUUUACUGUGUUUUCUGCACUUGAAUAUGCUGCAAUAUUUGCAAACAUUUUUUAUCACUAUACAACCUCCAGUACAUUUGAAGAUAUAUCAGUGAGGAAAAUGAUCAUUUACUUUUCCACCGGUCGAACUAUUCCGUUCGUAAAUAUGAAGUCAGAACUACCAUUGUUGGAAGUAAAAUGAAUAAUUGUUUUUCAAAUAGAAUUUUAUUUAAU